ACUAUGUUGUAAUGGUACUUGAUGACAUAUUUUACUUAAGUUAACUAAGUGGAGUUUGCUUAUUUGGAUUUGACAAGUUUAACUCUUUCAAUCAUACUGCAACAAGUUGUUUAGGAGUUGUUUAGUUCUCGCGGCGUAGCCGCGGGUAUUGAUUCUAGUGAAUGUUAACAGUUAACGUGCUAUAACAGCUUCUUCUCAUCAAUUUGAAGGAGCCAUAAAAGUGCCGCCAUAAUCACCAAACCCAGAAAAGGGGAAUCCUUCACACCUUCUGUACACAGCAAUCAUCCCACUAAAACUUGCUCUAUCAAUAGAAGAAAAGUCAAUUAGAUUGAUUAGUCCAUUCAAUGCACCAUGGUAGAUUGCCUUGGGUUUCUGAAAACUGCAAUUUCUUAAACAAAAAGAGUCAAACAAAUUCCCUCAAUCCCAUGUGCCUCACCUUCUUGCUCUGCAAGAACUCGAGGAGAUCCGCCAUUAAUGGCGGACCAAAGCAAGCAAGCAAGAAGAAGAAAAAGGGACAAAAAAGACGCAAAGUGAACCUUUGACAAAUACCCCAUUCUUCCCCCACCCUCAAUUAAUCCCUGGGUGCCAAAAUCAUUCGUUCUCCAUACCAAAGCCAUGGGCUUGAAGCACCAUAGCUCGAGACCCACUUACGUUUCAUCAUCUCCUCGCCACAAUCGAAUCCCCAUGAAAUUCUCCAAAUUCAUCACCUGGGCAGCCAUUUUCUUCACUUCCCUCUUCCUAUUCCUCUCCCCACUUACCCAAUUCCACUCCCGCUCCUCCUCCUUUUCUUCCCUCCCCUCCGCCGCAAAACCCUUCUCCGGCGACCUCCGCGACGCCAACUUCCCCUGGAACAAGCUCUGUUUCGGCCCCACCACCACAUCCGACAAGCUCAAGCUCGCCGUCUUCUCCAAGACGUGGCCGAUCGGCGCCAACCCGGGCGGAAUGGAGCGCCACGCCGCCACCCUCUACCGCGCCCUCGCCGACAAGGGCCACGAGAUCCACGUCUUCACCGUCCCUUCCGACCGCCGCCCGCACCCUGAAAUCCACGACAACAACCUCCACGUCUACUUCGCCGCCAACGACCACGGAUCCGUCAACUGCUCCCUCGCCUUCGAGAUCUUCCACAAAAUCAACGCCGCCGCUCGCCCCUUCGACUACGUCCACACGGAGAGCGUCUCGCUGCCGCACUGGCGCGCCAAGGCGGUGCCCAACACGGCCGUGACGUGGCACGGGAUCUGGUACGAGAUCAUGCACUCCAAGCUGUUCGAGGAGCUGUUUGAGAACCCCAGAGGGGAAUUGGGGGCGGGGGCGACCCCGGCGGCGGCGGAGCUUGCGGUGGCCAUGCCGAAGCUUCUGGACGAGAUCAGGUUUUUCAGGAGCUACAAGCAGCACAUCUGUAUCAGUAAUAGCGCCGGCGAGGUGCUGGUGAAGAUUUACCAGCUGCCGCAGAGGAAUGUCCAUGUCAUUCUCAAUGGAGUGGAUGAUUCCAAAUUUGCUUACAAUCCUGAUGCAGGGGAGGAAUUCAGGGAGAAAUACGGCAUUCCAGGCAAUGCUACUCUGGUAAUGGGAGUGGCAGGCAGGCUGGUUCGGGACAAAGGCCACCCGAUUCUCCACGAGGCAAUGUCGUCGCUGAUCUCAAGGUACCCCGGAAUCUGCCUGGUGGUGGCCGGAUCAGGCCCCUGGGGAAGAAGGUACGCCGAGCUGGGUCCAAACGUGAAGGUCCUAGGCGCACUGGAACCAUCUCAGCUGUCGCAGUUCUACAACGCGAUCGACGUGUUCGUGAACCCUACGAUGAGGCCGCAGGGGCUGGACCUGACUCUGAUCGAAGCAAUGCACUGCGGGAAGCCCGUCGUGACGCCCAAUUACCCCAGCAUUACCGGCACGGUGGUGGUGGACGACCGGUUCGGGUACACGUUCUCGCCGAACGUGAAGUCGCUGGUGGAGGCUCUGGAGGUGGUGAUCGGAGAUGGGGUUGGUGUGAUGCGGAGGAAGGGGAUGGCGUGCAGGAAGUAUGCUGGGUCGAUGUUUACCGCCGGGAAGAUGGCGGCUGCUUAUGAAAGGUUUUUUCUGUGUAUGAAGAACAGUAGAUACUGUCAAUACCCUCUUCCCACUGACUGUUGAUAGGAGAAAAGAAAACCCAUCAAAGAUGUUAUAUAUGACUCACUGGUUGCAUUCUUUGUAGUAAGGUUCUGAUUAAUUCAGG